CUGUCAAUCGGUCAUCUGUCAAGUGGGGGCUGGGCGAGCAAAACAUUGCGUGCUCGUGUAAUUAUUUUUCCACCUUUCCUGGGGAGGUUUUCUUACCAUAGCCGGCAUUUUAAGGUAAAAGUGCGUGAAUUUCACGAUGGCUCACUUACUUCGGUUCGCUAGUCAACGGUCGGUGUGUGGAGCUUUUAUGCAACCAAUUCGAAUCGGUUCCUGCUGCAAAUUCAGUACGGAAGGCACACCACCAUCCUCCACAGCAGUAUCUUCCGAUGGUCAGACACCGGCUGAAGGUAACCAAAAAGUAGUUGGCGGAUUUGCAAAAGCUUACCAAAAACACAGCGAAUCACUCAGAACGGAACGGCCCAACGAACCACCAAAAACGUUCGCUGCCUUGUUGAGGAAUUCAAAGUUUGUUGAUCUUGGUGAUCCAGAAGGAAAGAUUGUAACUGGGAAAAUAUUCCAUAUAGUGGAAAACGACCUGUACAUCGAUUUUGGGUGGAAGUUUCACUGUGUUUGCACAAGGCCCACCAAGAAUGGCGAGGAUUACGUGAGAGGUGCCCGGGUACGGCUACGGGUUAAGGAUCUCGAACUGUCCACACGCUUUCUGGGAUCGAGCAAAGAUCUUACCCUGCUGGAAGCCGACUGUCAGCUGCUAGGUCUAAUUUCUUCUCCCGCUACCCGUGCACAGCAAUCACGAGGCACGUAAAACUCGCUCAUGUAAUCAGGAGUGACCAGUAACAGUACAUAAGCCGUAGAAAAUAUUACGAUCCACAACCAACAAAACAA